GCUUGAGCCAGGGGCCAGUGAGACUUCAGCCGGUCUCAGCCUAGCGGCAUGGCAGAUGAUGUGGUACAGCGUCAAAGGCACGACCAAUAACAUCGCUAUUAAGCUGUGAAAUGGGAUGCCCCGGAGGCUAUAGUAUGCUGCCCAGUCAGCGGGCUGAUCUUGUACCGCCACCUUUGAAUUCAAACAUGGCAUCUCCCUCAAAGGAAGCCCAACCAUGCCUGCCAGAUCGGGCAUCAAAUGCACCCCAGAAAUGCUUGGUGGCAAGGGUGGUGCAAACUGCCCCCAAUCUCCCCUUUCCUGGCAUUGGCAUUCCCUCCGCCAAAGCACAAGUCUAUGGAUAUGAGCAGAAGCCAAUACACCGCAGAGAGCACUUGGUGCCAGACUGACCCUGUCCGCCCAGAGGAAUGGGAACUCGGCCAGAUCUGGUGCUCGCAACAGCUGUGCUGCCAUGCGACCGCAUUCUGAAGCAUGGCCUUGCAGCAAGUGUAUCUUCUUGUGCUCUUCCGAGCAAUAGAAGAGGGCUUUACAACGAGGGCAGGGUAGGCAUGCAGUGUCUGAUUUUCCACACACUUGACACUCUUUCACGCCUAACGUGGAGGAUGACGUGUGGUAUUCCCUCAUAAAUAUGUAUAUAGCGAAGUAUCCAACAUAUUGAGAAUUAGACCAGGCACAGAGACCAUGGGAGACCGCAGAGGUUUGAUGAUAGAAGUCAAUCAGUCACGACACUCAUGACUUCAAGCUUUCAUAACAUCCAUGAACGACAGACUAUCACAUGAGGAUGACAG